AAACAAACUAAGCCCAUAUUUCCCUUAACGCUCACCGCCGUUUUGUUCUCUUCACCCCCGCCGUGUUGUAGUUCUCGCCGCCGCGCAGCUCUCACUCUCUCACUCUCUCUCUCUCUGAAACUCCUUGACAUCGAUCGACUCAAUCCUCCCAUAAUCAGAAUCAGAAUCAUGUCAUUCUGCAAUAAGCUAAGCCGCGUCGUGAGGCACCAGAGCGAGACCACCUCCUCCAUGAUUACCUCCCUCAGGUCCUUCUCUUCAGAAGCCGCCACUCACCACAGGUACCACCAGGAGACGCACAGUUUCCUCGAGCCGGAGAGGUACAUCAACAGCUGGGAGCCGCCUAAAGAUCCCAGAGACGCUGAGAGGAUGCUCGCGCAGCUGAGGAGGGACUACGCCAAGAAAGUGAGUCUGUAUCGUAAAGACUACGUUCACGAGAUCGAGAUGCUUAGGGUGGAGAAGCAGCGUAAGGACGAGGCGAGGCUGGUCGCUGAGCGUGCUGCUAAUGAGGAGAGAAGGCGGUUGAAAGCUGAGGCGGCUAAGGUUAGGGCUGAGGAGCGUAAGGUCUUUGAGGAAGAGUUCAGGAGAACCCUGAUGAAAGAAAGAGAGGAGAAGCUGGAGUUCUGGAAGAUGACAGGACUAAAAAGGGAAGAGAAUAAGAAGGAUAAAAAGAAGCUAUUGCAUGAGCAAAGUUCAUUAUGGAUCGAACCAAAGGAACUGGAGAAGAAGAUUACAGAAGCUCUAGUUGAGUCCACUACUCUCUAAACCCAAGCCCCUCUCUUCUUAAUCUUUGUUUGAGAAACAAUCAUUUUUGUAAUUUUGUUGGAGACGACUUAUCUUUUCUUCUUUGAAUAGAGAGAUAAAAGCGAAAUCGGUUAGGCGCUUGUGCAUCAAGCACAUAAUCAGUAUUGGUGGUCUUGUGAUCAAUCAUUAAUAAGAAAGUUUGUUUUUGUUGUUA